GAUAUCACUGUACCAUUGUUUUAGAAUUCAUUGUAAGUUUUUGAAUUACAGGCGUUUUGAGGGUGCUCUCAGCCCACUGUGCGCCCCCUCCCCCCUCCUUCAAUCUCAAUUUAGAAUGAAUUGUUGUAAAUAAAGUCUGUAUUCAAAAGUGACCUUGAAACCAAUCAAAAUAUGUUAAAAUUUCACAAGAAUUCCAAAUAUGACAGUGAGAAUGUUUUUUAAGCAUUUUUAAAAAUUGAUGAUUUUCAAUAUUUGAAAAGGUGUCAUAUGUAAUGUAAUCUAUCAAAAUGAGUUGAAAUUUCGCGAGAACUUCAAGUAUUGCAAUGAAAAUGUUUUUUGAGAAUUUCUGUAAAAUUUUAUUCUUGAAAUUGGGUCAUGAAAAAAUGUCGUGCGACCUAUGUACAUAAGUUUUUUUUCAUGGCUAGAGUUUUAUGAUUUUUAUGCUUAUCUUGUUUUUCCACCUUUGUCCUGCUUUUAUACUCCAUAUUAUGGAAUGUAAAAAGUCUGUUUUUUUGUUUCGUUUUUCGAUCGAAUCAGCAACGAGUUUUUUUUAGCGACUUUUAAAUAAAAUUUAAAAUGGGAUAAUCAUUCAAAUAUGUAUUACCUCGUCGGGAGCUACAAAAUCUAAAGAGCCAACUUCGAUCGAGUCGAAAGCCAACGAAAAUGCUUAAUGAUACAGAGUAUACAAGAUUGGGAUUGUACGAACCCAUGAGUCGGAAAAAUAGAACUAGAGAAGAAUCGAAGAAAUAUUUUCAUGAGUUACAUAACUGAUUUUACAACUUUCAUCAGUCGAGGAUACACUUCAGUUUUUUAUUGGUAUAUUUCAUCAACUAUCGUGUUUGCUUACAGCUUUUUACAGGUCAUCGACGAUGUGAUAUUUUUUUUCAAAACUUUAUCAAUGGUGAUUCAUGGUACCUUAGCUCUUUACCUGUUCUGCCAUUCUGCCCAAGUUGUAAAUCAUAUGAAUGAAUCCAUACAAGAUGCAUUUUACUAUACAGAAUGGUACUAUUUACCUCCUAAAAUUCGUAAAAUUAUGAUCGCAGUCAUGAUGCAAUGUCAACGAAAACAUCAAAUCAGAACUUUCACCAUGUUCGUGGUUAAUCUGAAUUUAUUCAUACGUUCUCUGAGGAUUGUAUAUUCCCUUCUGAAUGUAGUUUUAGUCGCACAAAAAAAAUAGACCUGAUAUCAAUCAAAGGGCCUGAUCAUCUAUAGUGAUAAUUAUGGUGGCAGGAGGUUGAUUAAUUAAAUCACUACACUCUACACUUACCUACAAUCUAUGUACCUACUAUGUACAUUGUACAUACCUACCAAAAAGGCAUUGAUAAUUUUGAUUUCUGCUUCUUUUCAAGGCGUUCAGCAAAUCUUAAUCAAGUUUAUCAUUCAAAAAAAAUAUAUAUAUAAAAUCUAUCAGAAAAAAAAUAAAUAGUUUUUGAGGCUCUAGAUCGUCUAAAGGUCAAACGUGGACUAGAUAUAGGAGGUUGAUGAUUUUUAUACCUCGUAUAUAGUAAUCUUUUUAUAAUUUUGAAAAAAUUUAUCAAAAAUAUAACAAUUAUUGGGGCAGUUGAAUUUGCAACAUUUUUUGCUUUAAUUGGAAAUAAAAUUGAAAAACUGAUUGGAAAAAAUGAAAAUUCCGGAAAUAAAAUCAAAAACUAAAAAUCGAUUCAAAAACUGGAAGUAAAUCCAAAAACUGAAAAUGAAAUUCAGAACUGAAAUUAAAAUUGAAAAACUGAAGGAAAAAAAUGAAAAUUUCGGAAAUAAAAUCAAAAACUGAAAAUGAAAUUGAAAAUUCUGAAAAUAAAAUCAAAAACCAACCAUGAUGUGAUAAUUGAAAAUGAAAUAGAAAAUCCAGAAAAUCAAAUAAAAAACUAUUUAAAAUUAAAAAACCAAAAAGUGAAAAUGAAAAUUUUGGAAACAAAAUUUAUUGAAAAUUUUGAAAGUGAAACUCCUUUUUCUAGUACAUAUUAAUGUACCGACUAAACGUGUUUACAAGAGAGCAUCUCAUUACUCACUUACCUCAUCAUCUUGACCUAUAUUGAAUAAGAAGUUUUGAUCAAUAUAAAAAAUUUUCCUGAGUAUGCUAGACAAAAAAUAUCUAAUACCUAUACAUAGUAAAAAUUAGAUGAUGAUGCUUUAGCCUGACAAAAGUCAUUGAAUUUUUAAAAUGUUUACGCUACGUUUGCCAAGAGAGAUGCACCCUAUAAUUAAUUAGGUGGUACAUACUCGUAUAUCCCUAACUUAUUCAAAUGUUUAUAAAGAAAAUAUGUAUUAUCAAUAUCAUAGAGCAUAGACCCACGUUUAUUGUAUUACCUAUUCUAUUCAAAUCGGAUAAAUAUUAAAUUACGUGUGGUUUAAUUCUUAA